UCUAAUUUUCUGUCUUACCUGCUUUUUCCCAGGAGACUUUCAGGGGAAAACAGCAGUAAAGAUCCACAGGCAGAGAGUUACUGAACCUGCGCUGGAGCGACAAAGUCAUCAGAUUCUCGUUUGAUUUUCUUGUGACUUUAUUGUGUUGAAGUUGCGAGAUCUGUUUUAUCAUGACUCAGAAAAACAGGAAACUCUCAGUGGACAGUUCAAGCGUGGAUGAGUUAACCCCUCUUGUCAUGAGAAGAGGUAGCUGCAAGAAAUGCAGCCGGAGCCUGAGUUUGGGAAACGUUGAAUCGGAGGCCAGGCAGCUAAAUCAAAGCUUGAAAAUGAGCUUCAGGGACCAGACCCUAGCAGGCGAUCACGUUGGCAGAUCGGAUGUGCUCAUCAUCAGUCAUAGCUACUUAAAGUACAAUGAAACCUUCCACAAACUUUUUCAAGAGAUCCCUAAGGAGGAGAGGCUGACACACACAUUUACCUGUGCCUUGCAGAAGGAGGUUCUGUAUCAUGGAAGACUCUUUGUGUCACAGAACCAUGUGUGUUUCUACUCGUCUGUGCUGCUUAAAGCGACCAAGGUGGUGAUUGCUAUUUCCAGUAUGAGGGAGAUAAAGAAACAUAACCCAGCUCUGUCUGUGCUGUCUGUACGAACAUCCAGUGGAGAGAAGUAUUUGUUUGCAUUAUUUAGGAAGUAUACCGUCUGUUACAGACUCCUCCAAAGCCUCUGCUGUCAGGCUCAGGAGGGUAGUCCAAACAGAAGCCCUUACCUGUCCUCUGCAGAGUUCGAAGCUGAGCAAGACAUGGCUUCCAGCUUUUCUAGUUCAGAGAGUUUCGACAACGUUGAUCUUAACAACGGCAUUACUCCCAUUAAUGAUGAAGCUAACGGCACAUGCAGGUCCACACAAGGAAGCAGCUUUAAAAACGAAAACAGCAGAGCCGAGUCAUGGAUUUCGACAUUCCUUGAGAAAGUUGUCCCAUUUUUGUUCUUCAGAGAAAUUCUGAGUCUUAGAGUUGUCCUUCAUAUCUUCGUGAUCCUGCUGCUAUUACUGCUCUUGGCGUCUGGCUACCUCGGGCUGAGAAUCACUGCCCUGGAAGAGCAGCUGAGCUCUCUGGGAGCCCUGGCUGAUUUGACUUCUCACUACACAGAGUUCCAGGAAACAUAGCCACCUGUCACAAAGGCAUCUCAACAAUGGAAAGCUACUGAAUUUUGUACGCAAUACAUCUUUGAAAGGAACAUGUUUAAUUGUUUUUCAGUGUUGCACACAGAUACUUUCUCUUCCAACAGAAAAUAAACUCUUAUUUCUGCUUCUGGGUUCUCUGAACCAGAAGCAUGGGCAGGCUACCAGUAUCAAGGUGUACCAAGGUUUUAAAAAGUUACAGUUUUAGAACCUCUAAAUAUUCUUGUCAGACAGUUCGUACGAUUUAACCCCAUACUGCCUGAAUUUCUUUAAUUGUUGUCAAGCAGAUGCUAAAAUAAUCAGACUAUUCAUUUGAACUUUGCUCAGGCAAUAGAAAUUAAUCUACUAUGUGUUUAGUAUAGCUGCUACCAACUCGAACCCUCGAUGAGUGUGGAAUAUGCCUUAGUUAAGAUUUGUAGGAUAUAAACGCCACCUUGGCUGUAUUAACAUCCAAAGCAUUGUAAGGCAAAUGUCGACAAUUAUCAAUAAGGGGUUAAUGUCAGAGAAAAUGACCGGUAACAGAGUUUUGACAGGAGCAGCAUUGUGCUGCCCUUCCCCCACUUGUUGCUGCACACUGGCUAAAACAAGGCACUCUUUAAGGUAUGCUGUUUUUAUGCUCCCAGUUUACCUUUAUAAACAGGAAAAAUGUAUAAUAGUCUGUGCAAUAAGGUGUUUAUUCUCUCUAUGUAUUAAAAUCAAAUCAAUAAAUGUUGUGCAUAUAACAUCGAAAUUA